AUGGACAUGGACAUGGACAGCAUGGGCUCGAGCAUGUCCAGCGAACCUCUCACCACAGAAGGCGUCGAUUUCUCCAACACUACGCAAGCGGCCGAAUUCCUGGACAAUCUCCUGGACGACACGCGUAUCUCAGUCAUUGGCAAUACCUACGCGAGGUACUUCUGGUACGGUGUGAUUGUGGUUAUUGGAAUUGCGGCGAUUUUCAAUUUCCUGCGAUGGCUCACAUUGCAGAUGCGCCUGAGGGAGGCUGCCCAACAAAGGGCGAGUCCCGCCAAGCCGAAGACACUGCCUAUGCGAUGGUUUGCCACGAUUACGGCGAUGGGGAGGGAGGCGACGUACCUGCAGUCCCCGCCGACUGUCGCGAGUUUGCCGUACUUUAAAGUGCCGCCGAUGGGUACGAUCACGCUGCUGGUCGCUUAUCUGGCUUUCGUGCUGGCUCUGGAGUUCGUCAAUAACAAUGUCGAAGGCGCUCAAUACUGGCAAGCCCUUGGCAUCCGAGCUGGAUGGCUGGCUGUUGCCCAAGUACCCCUCCUUGUUCUUCUGAUCAACAAGAACAAUAUCAUCGGCCUCCUUACCGGUGCUUCCUACGAACGCCUGAAUGUGAUCCAUCGAUGGAGCGCAAGGAUCAUGUUACUCCUCGCAAUCUUCCACUUUGCCUUCCAGAGCACUGGUUGGCAGAAGUAUGGACUCACGGGCCUGGAAUGGCGCACGGAUGAAUGCCCAAAGACUGGCAUUGCCGCCUUUGCGAUCUUGCUCUGGAUGAAUCUCACGACAGCUGCUCCUAUGCGGUACUUCAACUACGAGUUUUUCGUGGUGCAGCAUAUCAUCACCUUCUUCGGCUUUAUCGUCGCGAUCAUGCUGCAUCUGCCGAGCACGGCGUUGACGAGCCGAGUGUACAUCUACAUUCCGAUUGCUGUCUAUCUGCUUGAUCGCAUCAUUCGAACCGCACGUCUGGCUUGGAACAACAUCCGUGCUGGUCGAGCUGCUUUGAGUCUUCUCGAUGGCGGUGUGACCAAGGUCAGGGUGUCUUGCAAGACAGUCAAAUACUGGAGACCUGGAAGUCAUGCGAUCAUCUCCAUGCCUCGAUUUGGAUUCAUGCAGUCGCAUCCUGCAACGAUCGUCUCAACGCCUCAACCGCAUGGGGGAGACUUGGUCUUCAUUUUGAAGAGUCACAAAGGUUUCACCAAGCGUAUCAUGGAGAACGCGAAUAGCUCUGCGACAGCCCUCAUCUCCAAAGAAAAUGGAGAAGAUGCAGCGCCCGCAGCUCAAGUCACCACGCAUAGAGCAUUCAUCGAUGGUCCGUAUGGCGGCUCGCAGUCGGACUUUGCUGCUUUCGACUCGAUAUGCCUUAUUGCGGGCUCGACUGGUGUGACAUUCUCAAUGUCAGUCCUUCAAGGCAUUGCAGAUCGAGCCACUCAUAUCGGCAAGCGGUUACCAGUCCAGCGUAUCCACUUCGUCUGGUGUGUCAAGGACACCGAUUGGGCGUCUUGGAUCAGCGAAGAGCUCGCUGCAGCGUACGGUAUGCUUCAGGCAGCCGGCAUCGAGCUGAUCAUUAGCAUCUACGUAACUUGCGCAGACAAGUUCACGAGUCCUGGCAGCGUGGUUAGAGACUGCGCCUGCGAGUGCGACAAGUCGAAGGGACCUUGUUGCUGCGUCGCUGUGGACGAAGACGAGAAGGGCGAGGUAGUCGACAAAAUCACACCUACCAAAGCUCCCAUCUCGGUCAGAGAUAUCUCAUCCUCAGCCGCCUCCAGAAACGCAGACACCACUACCGUCGGGCGUAGGAUGCCCAUCCUACCGUGUGCUGUGUUCUACUCUGGCCGGCCGCAAAUCGGCAAAGUCCUCAGCGAUCUGCUCGACAACGCAGAUGGUGAGGCGGGCGUUGCGGCUUGUGGACCUCCGGGACUGACGUCGGAGGUGAGGAAUACGGUUGUGAGGUUGAGUGAUGAGAGGGCGAUUCACAAGGGAACGGGAGCACAGGGGUGUUAUUUGCAUGUUGAGUCGAGUGUUUGA